ACCAACACAUCCGACCUAGCUAGCAACAUACAGAUACGUACGUCGAGUGAGCCAAGGGAGGGCGAAGCAUGGACAAGAACGGCGGCGUCAAGGUCACCUACAUCGAGACGCUGUUCGUCACCUCCGACGCCACCAGCUUCAAGGGCCUCGUGCAGCGCCUCACCGGAAGGUCCGGCGCCGCGCCCGUCCCGGCCGCUCUGCACAGGCCGCAGCCGCCCCGCGCCGGCGCCGGCGCCGACUCCGGGAGGAGCGCUGCUGCGCCACAAGCUGGUUAUUACUCAGUGGCGCCACCGUGCCUGGAGGACCUGCACGAGAUGGGCGACCUCUCCGACCUGCUCUACGCCACUGCCAGCGAACGGCGCCAUGGGCACAAUGGCGGCUACAGCGAAUUCCCAUAUUGAUCGACGGCCACCAGCGAUUUCAUUUUUAGAAUAGUGUGUCCUCUGUGUUAGCGGAACAGUCCCAUUCAGGACCAUGCGUCUGCAUACAUCCGCGUCCACAGCGCCAGGAAGCCACGCCGGAUCACGACCAGAGCUGGAGAUUAGUUUCCUUGAUUAGGCGAUUGUUUAGCAUUUCUGUUAGGGAGUUUUCUUGACAUGUAUGAUACGGCCGGCCACUGUAUACCGUUGUACCUAUAUAUGUCGAUCCAUGCAAUACAGAUCGCUAAAAGCGAUAAUCCAAUUCGCCUCCAUGGUAUCAGAUUUGUUACCAUUGUAA